AGAAACCUAACCAAAAGCAAAAACUCAGUUCCAAGUAGAAGAGCUCUGAAAAAAACAAAAAAAAAAGAAAAGAAAAAGCAGCCUUAAAAGGGCAACAAAAAACAGAAGCAGAAACAAAAACAAAGAAAACAGCUUCUUCUGCUUUUUGCUUCUGCUUCAUAAUUUCACGACUACUCCAUGUUGUGUUUCAGAAACUCCUUUAAUUACCGCUUUAAAACCCAAAAGUAACACAGUUUACAUAUAUUAAAAAAAAAAAAAAAAAAACCAUUUUUAAGAAUGUCUUGGUUCUUCAACUCAUUGCCGUCCGAUGAUCCGCCGCACGACUCCUCAUCAAAACCACCGCCACCGCAAUCGGCGGACGGCGCCGUUUCAGGUGUCCAGGAAGACUUGUCGGCUAUAACCAAAAGCAUCGGUCGUCAACUGCGUGGCUUUGCCGCUUUCAUUGCUCCACCUCCUCCACCGCCGCAAUCUGGUGGCGAUUCUUCUCUGGAACAGUUGGAGACGCAGUCGACGUCGCUGGUUGGGAUUCGUAACGAUCUGGAGGAGAUCGGUGGGAGCUUCAAGAGCGGCUUCUCGCUUCUGUCCACCAAUAGUCAUAGAGCCGUCACUGGGAUCUCCAAGUUCGCUUCCAACUUCUUGUCCUUUCAGCAACAAAACUUAGACGAAGAAGAAGAAGAUAAUGGUGAUGAUGAUGAUGAUGGUGUGGCUGGGAUUACCGAUGAGGUUCUUCAUUUUGUCACUGAAAUUUCGACGCGGCCAGAGUGUUGGACCGAUUUUCCAUUGUCACUCAAUCAUGAUUUUAGCAUGUCUGAUGCAAUGAGAGAACAUGCCACAACUAUUGAAGAAUCGAUUCCAGACUUUGCAGCUCUUAGACAAAGGCUUUGCAAUUCCAUGAAGGAGGCAAAGUUUUGGAUGAUCUAUUUUAUAUUGUUGGUUCCAAGACUACAUGGACAUGAUCUUGAGCUUUUAUCAACCCCUGAGAUUCUUGAAGCAAGAGAUGUACUUUUGCGGAAGAUUCAGAACAACAGGAAUGCAGAAGUGGAGACCUCUGAGAAAUCUUGGACGACAAAGGAAUCUCAAGUGGAUAGUAAGGUAAGUGAGGCACAAGGGGAGGACAAUUCAUCUAAGGACGAGGAGGCCCCGACUGAGACCACAAAUGCAAACAAAGGGUUAGACAUUUUGGAUGAAACAAGUACUAAGCAGUGGUUGGACAAGGCAAAUAUUGAUUCAGGAAACUCAAUGGAUGCCCAAAGAAAGCACGAGUCUGAGGAGGAAAUCUCGUUCAGUGAUCUUGAGGACGAUGACAAUGAUCUCUCUCAUCGAUCCUCAGAUCUUAGACAAGCAGUGGAGAAUUCAUCACCUGGUGGAGCUAGUGACUGGGUUAAGCUAAGUGGAAGUAGUACAGAGAUUCAAAUUGGGCAGCAAAAGUCUGGCCAGUCAAAAGAGAAAGAUUCAGAAGGGGAGGAGUCAAGUGACUGGCUUACUGUUGAUGAUUUUGAUUAGAGGGUAUGGUUGUUGACUACCAAAUUAUUGUAAAGUUCCUAAUUUUAUUUCUUCCUUUUUUCUGGUUUGCCAUGGGUAGAGGAUGGGGGUUGGUUUAUAUAUACAGGUAAAAGAAGAAUUUCAGUAUUAUCAUAAGCUUCCUUCUUUGUUUAAAUAAUAAUUCAAUCAUAAUAUAUCAGGUUCGUGUUUAAAUUAAUAAUUCAA